GCCCGGCUUUUAAAUUCAGACGUUCGCCACAGAUUUCAUUCGGACUGUCAGGUCUCAUCACCUCCAGCAAAGAUGACAACAUACACAGACAAAGGCGAGAAGCAUGAGCAGGGCAGAUUCCUCUGCUUUGAUCACUUAACAUUCUGGGUUGGAAAUGCAAAGCAGGCUGCAUCGUAUUACUGCAACAAGCUUGGAUUUGAGCCUGUGGCUUACCAAGGUUUGGAGACGGGCAGUCGUGAAGUGGUGUCACAUGUAGUCAAACAAGGCAAGAUCAUUUACGUGUUCUCAUCCACCCUCAAUCCUGGAAACAAAGAGAUGGGGGAUCAUUUGGUUAAGCAUGGGGACGGAGUGAAGGACAUUGCAUUUACAGUGGAGGACUGUGACUUUCUCGUGCAGAAAGCCCGGGCGCGAGGGGCAGUCAUUAUAAAGGAACCCUACACUCUGGAGGACAAAUAUGGUAAAGUCAGGCUGGCUGUGCUGCAAACUUAUGGUGACACCACUCACACAUUUGUGGAGAGGACAGGAUACAGUGGACUGUUUCUGCCUGGGUUCCAUCCUCCUCUGUUCAAGGACCCCUUACUCGACAAACUCCCAAGUGGAAACCUGGACUUUAUCGAUCACGUUGUAGGAAACCAACCAGAUGAUGAGAUGGUUUCAGCAGUGGAAUGGUAUCAGAGAAACCUUCUCUUUCACCGCUUCUGGUCCGUGGACGACAAGCAGCUUCAGACAGAAUUCAGCGCCCUGCGCUCAAUCGUUGUGGCAAACUACGAGGAGACCGUGAAAAUGCCCAUCAAUGAGCCUGCGAUGGGGAAGAGAAAGUCUCAAAUCCAGGAAUAUGUGGAGUACUAUGGAGGUCCAGGAGUGCAGCAUAUCGCCAUGAACACUUCAGAUAUCAUUACUACAAUCCGUAACCUGAAGGAGCGCGGGAUGGAGUUCAUGUCUGUGCCUGAGACCUACUACGACCAGCUGAGAGAGAAGCUGAAACACUCAAAGGUCAAAAUCUCAGAGGACCUUGAUGUCCUGCAGGAACUAAAGAUCUUGGUGGACUACGAUGACAAUGGCUACCUACUUCAAAUCUUCACUAAGCCGGUCCAGGAUCGCCCCACUGUGUUCUUGGAAGUCAUUCAGAGACACAAUCACCAGGGCUUUGGUGCAGGAAACUUCAAGUCUCUUUUUGAGGCUAUUGAAGCAGACCAGCACGCUAGAGGCAAUCUGACUGUUCUGACAACAAAUGGAAAUUUAAACAAGAUGUGAACUGGGUGAUGCAUUAAUUUAGGGGUUCAGAAAACAUGCUAUAUCCAUCAACUUAGUAUAAAACGAAUGCUUUAAUAAACAUCCUUAUGCCUGAAAAUGUCUCAUCUUCAGAGAAAUACACAAAGCACGUAUACUUAUGGUUUUCCUUAUUUUUUUAUGUGUUGCAUGUUUGUUUUUUGGUUUUGUUUUUUUUACAUUUAAUUGUUCAUUUUAUGUCUUUAUCAUUUUUCCUGAUGCUUGCAAAAAUGACAUGAGUACAACAUCCACUUUAAAUCACAAUGCAGUGCUUCCAGUUUGUAUAAAACAUCAACAGGAAAACCAUUUUUAUUAACACAAGCUUGACUCAAGCAAAACGUUAUCCGAGCUCUCAUAAAUGAAAACAUUUAACUAUACACUUUGUUAACUUUUAGACGGCGAGGUCAACAGAAGUUGGAGAUUUAGCAUGAAGUCUAGAAUGUGAUUUUCCCCUCCUGUUUAAAAGAGACCACUCUUGGUUUUUGUUAGUUUUUCUCAUAAACUGUGAUAACUCUCUGUGAGUCCCAAGUGUUUGUUCCGGUCCUGAUUUAUAUAUUGUUUAUGGCAGCUUAGUAUUAAACCAUUAUUCACUGAGUA